AUGGCAUCCAGACAAAAGUACAAUAAGUGCUACUCAAAUUAUCAUGAUUCUUCGAGGCGAAAGGCAUGGGAGGAAAACUUGGGAAUCAUCAAGAAACAUAAUCAAGAAGCUGUACAAGGAAAGCAUUCUUAUUUUAUUAAAGAAAACCAUUUGACAGACAUGUCCAAUCGCCAAUAUCUACAAAACAUGGUAAAGCUUACUAAAAGCAGACAUCGUAAAGUCGACGCAGAUAAAGAGAGAAAUGUGUUUGAAAAAUUCAUGAAUCUACCCUCAGAAGUUAACUGGAUAGAGAAAGGGUUUAAAACUCCCUCUUAUAAUCAAAAAGACUGUGGUGCAUGUUACGCAUUUAGUAUUGCUGGUGCAAUUCAAGCGCAAGUGUUCAAGCAGACUCAUCAAUUAGUCCCAUUAAGCGAACAACAAAUCGUGGACUGUAGUUUACCUUUCGGUAACUAUGGAUGUGCUGGUGGAUCGUUGAGAAACACGUUAAGAUAUCUUGAAAAAGUUGGAGGCCUCAUGGCAUAUAAGGACUACCCGUAUAAGUCAAGGAAACAAAGAUGCGUGUACGAUAAGAACAAAGCCUUAGUAAACAUUACUUCUUGGGCUGUGUUACCAGCACGUGAUGAACAAGCCUUGGAAGUUGCUCUGGCUAAAGUUGGUCCAGUGGCUGCUUCUAUCAACGCCAGUCCUCGCACAUUUCAACUUUAUCACCAUGGAAUAUAUGACGAUUCCUCGUGUUCUUCAGAUCACGUCAACCAUGCUAUGCUGGUAGUAGGCUACACCAAAGACGCGUGGAUUUUGAAGAAUUGGUGGGGCAAACAUUGGGGAGAAAAUGGAUACAUGCGACUACGGAGACAUAAAAAUCGGUGUGGUAUAUCAAAUUAUGCAGCUUAUGCUUUGGUUUGA